UAUUCUUCCUUCUCCCUCGGAUGUACGAAGACUGAAAAACCAUGGAUUAGAGUCACUUGGCGGGCCAACAGACAACAUUUGGGGGAAGAGCAGACACGUCUAGAUCGGCGAUCUCUGCUGUCCCAGCAAGAUGAAGAGUAUGAAGAGUCUUUGCUCGCAGACCAAGAAAAUGAAAGGAAAAGACAGUGUUACAAGUACUGGGAGGAAAGACGCAUAAAAGCAAUUGAAGAACGGCAGCAACGACUGGUGGUAUAUGAAGAACCGUCAAGUGGACUGCUGUUGAAGUUCAAAUAUCCGAAUGGAUUUAUCAGAAAGAGAACUUUCAAUGUGUCUGACCCAAUUCAGGUCUUGUUUGAUUUUGUUGGACAAGAUGAAAUGGCAAGUGAAAUAUUCAGUGUUCAACAAGCAAUAUCAUCCACACCAAUUGACAGCACCUCAUCAGGGUCACUUAUGGAUCAUGGCAUAGCAACAUCUGUAACUCUGUACGUGCUUUGGAUUUCAACUCUAGAAAUUCAGACAUUGCUCUCUGACCAAGCACUGACAUCUUUGUCAGCCCAGUCACCACAGGCUCCAACAUCUCCUCAAGUGCUGUCGACCAGGCCCAACUCCCCAGAAACAUCAACUUUGUUCUCCUCCUGGGCAGCUGUGUCCCAGCCCUCCAUUCAAGCACAACCAACUUCUGAAGUUCCUGUGAUUGCAACCUCAAGGCUGCCCCUCUCCCCCCACUCUAACCUGGCUCCACAGGUGAUGUUCAUUGAGGACCAGGCACCAGCAUCUCCAUUUACUGAGCUACCUAUAAUUCUACUGGAAGACCAAGAAGAGCCACCUGAGUCUCCACAACAUCCACCAGAGUUGCCUUUGGAUGAAACAGAUCUUCAGACGAUAUUAGCAAAAAUAUACAGCAAGGUUGAUAUGACUUUCUGUCCUACAAGCAACCAAAUAAAUGUGUCCAGGGACAGAAUUUUAGAAUGUAGCCUGCAUGCCUUCAGAAGACGCCGUUUUGAUCCGGCAGCAAAACUGGAUGUUAUUUUUGUGGAUGAAGAGGACAACGCUGAAGGGGCAUUUGAUGAAGGUGGUCCCAUGCGAGAGUAUCUAAGACUGUUAAUGAGGGCCAUUCAUCAAUCUAAUGUCUUUGAGGGGCAUGAGAAUAACCGUCAACUGGCUUUGGAUACUCAUGCGCUGGAGUCAAAAAUGUACAACCUUAUUGGAAAAAUGAUAUCAGUCUGUUUGGUGCAUGGAGGCAUUGGACCACAUUUCUUCUCUCAAAGGCUGUAUGACCAAAUUUGUGGCACAUUGUGUCAAUCUACCCUGGUUGAGGAAGUUGUUAACCAUUCAUUCAGACAGCAGUUGAUCGGGAUUCAGGACACAAACACAAUUGUGGAGGCAAACGAAGCCAUUAUGCAGGCAGCAGAUACCCUGAGCAUGGUUGGAGCAUUAAGGCGUGUAACUACUCUGGAAGAGAGGGACUCCCUUGUGCAAUCUGCUGCAGACUUCUUUGUAAAUGGCCGAGUGAGCACUGCAUUGCAACAGUUUGUGGAAGGUUUGAAGACUCUUAAUGUGCUAGAUGAAAUUCAGAAAAACCCUGCACUCUUUCAUGAGUUGUUUGUCUGUGCUGAGAAACCACUCUUGGCACGCGACCUGUACACACUUUUCCAAGUGUGUUUUUCUGUGCAAGGUAGCAAUAAAAGGAGGAUAGAAAAUCAAACCAUAUGCUACUGGAGAGACUGGUUGGUGGAUAUUGAAGAAGGAGAAUGCAGCCCCAUUACCCUUGAAAUGAUACUGGAGUUUGCUUCUGGAGCAUCCACCGUACCUCCACUAGGCUUUCCCCAUCGUCCACAAAUUGAAUUCCUCCAUGAGGCUAACAAAGUCUUUCCAGAAGCAAAUACAUGCCUUAUAGUACUCCGCCUUCCUGUACACCCAGACUAUGAGUCUUUCACAAAGUACAUGAGUGACGGGGUGCUGCAGGCACCUACCUUUGGUAUUGCGUAAUCAGCUAAUAAGUGUAAUAAGCAGUUCUUUGAAAAAAAAAAAAAAAAAAGAGUUGGAAUGUCUCAAAAAGUUACAUGUUUUAAUGUCUCAAAAAGUUUAAUGUU